AUGAGCUCAAGUUCGCAUGCCAUGCAGACAAGACUGAUAGAUUAUCUUGUUGUUGUCGGUGUACGCAAACCGACCAUCGACUCAACACAAACGCCGGAACUUUUACGUCGCUUUCCACAAAAGGACCAUAAAGAUUUUCCCUUACCUGGAGACGUGGUUUUCUUCUGCCAGCCGGAGGGUUGCAGUACAGUGUCGAAGAAAUUUUCUCUCCGCGAGGCGAACUCGUUUGCGUUUACAUUGACUGAGAAAGACUCUGGCAAGGUCCGCUAUGGGAUUUGUGUCAAUGUUUUUCGUCCUUGUUCGAAUUUUGACAACAAGGAGCGAAGCGAUUGCAAAGAGACUACGCUUACAGUUCGGAAAAGGUCUCGAAGCACCUACAACAGGCGGAAUUUUUGCAUGAGUCUCACAUCUCUGUGCAUCGUUUCACAUUAUCCGUUCUUCCCAACAUUCAGGGAGUGCCUGUUUUUCCUACGAAAAAUGAUCGACUCGAGAACUGGAAUUAACGGCAAAUGUGACAAGAACGACAACAUCAUACCAGGGUUAAAUAGCUGGCCUGUUUUUACUUGUACAGAGGACCAAAAAGCAAGUCAUUUGGCUCGAGAUAUGGAUGAAGUGGAGACGUGGAUUCAACGCUUGUUUCUUGCACAAGCACCCGUUCCCGGGAAAACUCGUGUUGAGGUCCAACUUCAUUCGCCUGAGAUUUAUUCUCCUUUGACCUUUGCAAUGCCAGAAUCGAACCGAUUUUCGCUCGUGGACUUCCCCAUUCACAUUCCCCUGGAACUUCUUGGAGUGGAGACAUGUUUGAAAGUGUUAACGUGUAUUUUACUCGAACACAAGGUAAGUCCCUGAAGUUCGUAAACCUUGAACAAAGUCAAAACAAACAGUAGUCGAUCGAUCAGGAUUAAGACGCAGGUGUAACGAAAAGUUUACCAGCGUAAAAUCCUCAUUCUCUUUCUAUGGUUUCAUUGAAGUGAAGUGUAUACCCAAAGGAAUCAACUUAAUGUUAAUUAGGAGUAUUUUUCUCGCUCUCAAAGGAAAUUUUUCUAAAGAAAAAUUAUGAAGCAGUUUUCUUUUUCUCUCAGUAAGUCUCAGUAAUUAAUUUGUUUUUCUUCGUUGGUCCACGUAUCAAUAUUUCUAACACCUUUUGAUCGCAGCGCUACGAGAUUUUAUUUUUCGAUAUCUACUACUUACUGCAAAAAAAUUAUUUGGAUAAUUUUCCCAUUCAGAAAUAGGGCUUUUACUUGUCUUUUCGUGAAAGUUUUGUUUUAUAUGUGACAGCUCGGUCAUAAGCUGUGUUUGUUUACAUUUUGAAUAAAUUGAUCCUACUGGCUUAAAUGACUAGUGCGACUCCGUUGUUUGCUUUCAAAAAGUAAACGGUGAACCUCAGUGACUGCAAAAAUGCCCACGUUAGCGAUUAUUUUACCAAACGUGUUUUUUUUAGAGUCUAAUUUGCAUAGAGGGGAUUUAAGAGUGUUAUUGAUAAAAUUUGCAAUCCUUUGCACUGCCCAUUUUGAUGAUGUACUAAUUAUUUUAUGUGUUAAGGGUGCUCUGCUCUCCAGAGAAAUUGCAUUUAUUCAGACAGCACCAAAAAUUUUGAACUGUGGUAUCGUAUUUUUUACAACACUUGAGAUUUUAUAGAAUUGUUUUAAGUCAAAGAUGCAUUAACACUACACAAUUAAUAUCUUUAGGUUGAUUAUUCAGAGGAAAAAUUCCUGACAAAUUUUUUGAUGCAAUACAUUUUGACAUAAACCUCUGUUUACAGAGAAAUAUUACUAGUUAGUACUACAGGUGCACAAUGUAAAUUAUAUUUAGUCUAUGCAAGGAAGAAACCUUCGAUAUCCCUUUUUUUGUCAUUUAUCUAUAUAUUUUUGUCUAGAUGUUGAAAUUAAUUUUUCUUUUCUGAUAUUAGGAAUGAUUAAUCGCGGAAAUGGAAGUAUGUGAUAUCGCAACUCCUCCUUUUAGUUGUUUUGACCUGGUUUGAUUUAUAAAUUAAGACUUGCAACAUUUAUGUGGUUCAGCCUACAUCAGUGCUCACAAAGCUCUGUUCUAGAAGCCCUAUACAUUUAAAUUCAAAUUCUGCAAAAAUCAUUAUCAAAUCAACAUAUGAAGGAAAUUCAUUCAUUGUACAUGUCUCACAUUGAGAUCCAUUGUGUAGUUUUAUAUUGUUUACAACCUGGAUUCCAGUAUAAUUACUUCAUAUUAAGCCUUGAACUGGAUCACUGAACUGUAUUGAUUUCUUAUGAUAAGAUGUUUCUCUUCUCCAGUAUUGUCUCUUUCAAUCUAGUUCUAAUUAUAAGUCUGUCCCAGUAUUAAAAACCUGGUGAUAUAGUUGUGAUAAAGUUUUGAAUACUAAUAUCCUAUUCUUGAGGCAGAAAUUUUUCAAAGUCCUUCUUGUUAUGAAAAUUGAUUUUGGCUUAGUAGUUUAUAUUUAAAGAAAAUUAUUAUGCUGUGACAGGCAAGCUUUACCCUUCCCUGAUUAUCUAUUUAAAGUUGAUAACAGUAGAUUUUCUGCAAAAGUCAAUUUUGAAACACUAACAGAUUUUGAUCAUAAGCAUUUAGCUUGAUUGAGGUUUGUUUGUCCCACUUCUCUUUAACCCUUUCAUUUCCAAGAUCUCAUCAGUUAUUCUCUCUAUUUUCUACUUUAUAAUUCAUAAAAUGUUAGUUCAGAGAAUUUGGUCAUUGGAUUGACUUGUUAUCCCCAAAUUGAUAUUUUUCUUUAUUCUCAUCAAUUGUCUGCUUGGUAUUGUAGUGAUAUUGUAAGGAGAUAUUCUGCCUUGGUCAUAGGGUUAAUUAUAAACUUAGAUCAGGCUUUUUGCAUUUAAGCUUGACCCACUGUUUUGUUUCCUGCAAUUUUUUCAAAUUUAUUUUUCAAUCAAUUUUCAGGUUGUGAUCCAAUCCAGAGAUUACAAUGCUUUGACCAUGAGUGUCAUAGCACUGACAUCCCUCCUUUAUCCACUGGAGUACAUGUUCCCCAUCAUUCCUUUACUGCCAACAUGCAUGAACAGUGCAGAACAACUGCUACUUGCCCCAACACCUUUUGUGAUUGGUGUACCAGCAAGUUUCUUUCGAUACAAGUCAGAAGGAUUUCAGAUGCCAAGUGAUGUCUGGGUGGUUGAUUUGGAUUCAAAUAAGGUUUGUGAAAUGAAUUCCAGAGAAUAUAGACUGUUUUGUUGUGUGGACUUUUGGAAGGCACUAUUUAAAUUUUUAACCUCAAUUGAUAAUUGUCUGGUUGAUCAAUCAAUCACAUUAAAUCUACCCUUUCACUCUCAAUACCUCAUUAGUAAUUCUCCUUACAGUCAGCCACAAAGUUAUCAUGAUGUUGGUUCUGAGAAUUUGAUAUUGAAUCAACUAGUAAUCUCCCAAUUGAUGUUUUCCUAUUUUCUUGUCACUUGUCUCCUUGAUAUUGUAUGAUAUUGUUAGAGGAAUCCUGUCUUGGUCACUCAUGGCAGCUUCUUUCCAAGUGCAAAAUUAAGAUAAAGGGGUGGCACUCUUUUAUAUCUGGAGAGGUAUGGGACAGGCUUUGGUUUUUUUUACUUUUGUUUCCUUUACCAAAUUUGAUUUGUAGAUGUCUUCUCCUCCCAAUUUCUUCGAAAGGAGGGAGAAAUGUACUCAGCUAAUAUCAUUAUUUGUGAAAAAAUAGAUAACAUACAAAUUUUGAACAAAUAUGGAUCUCCUUGCUAAAUAUUACUCUCUCAACUUUCUCUUAUCUGUGUGAUUAUAUUUCAAAUGCUUAUUACAUUUUCAGUCAUUACAGUCUUACUUUCUAGCAGUUGUCACAUAUUUUAUGAUACACUCAACACUUUAUUUAACCCUUUACACCUUGAAAUCCAUGCGCAUAUUCUCCAUAAGUGUUCUCUAUACAUUUCCUAUGGUGCUGGCAAGGGGAAUUUGUUUUACUGCGAGGAGCUAUAUUAGUUGGCAAUCUCUUCUUUUAUUCUUGUGACCUUAAUGUGUGACUGAGGGUGAUAUUGUGUGGAGAAAUUAGGUGUUGGUCUCUCUUAGGGGUCAGAGGGUUAGGAUAUUCUAUCAUAGUUUCAUGUUCUAGGAGUAGUAACUUUUAUUUUGUGUAUCAACAGAUAACAGUUCCCUUGACUGCUGAUGAACUUCCUCCAUUGCCACAACCUGAAGGCACAGUGUUAAUCAAGAGAUUGAAGUUGGUCAGUGUCACAAUUUGUACUAAUGAUUCUUUUAUUUUCAGUUAUUACAAAUCACAUCCUUGUUGCGCAUUUUGUAGAUAUGUUUUAUAUAUAUGUUAUGUUAAAGUAAUAUCAUCAUAAACUUCAAUUCAAACAUCUAAAAUACCUGUUUUUAAUAUCCCUCUAGCAGCACUAUUUACCACAUUCUAACUUUUUUACAUCAGGCUCUUCAAGCCCUCAGUAUGCCUCCUCAGACAGUUACAAAUCUGAACCAUUCUGCUCACCUGGAGGACCAUGGACCUCUUUCCCCAGAUAGCAUCAAAGCCACCUCAGUGCAAUUUGUCUAUGGAAAUGAUGUGGAUGCUGUAGACACUGCUGUCAGAGUUGCCAUGGUGAAUUUCUUUACAGCACCAAACAUUCUUGGGGGUAUUAAAGAGCACACAAGGACUCUACGACUGUUUUCACGACCUGUUGUGGCACUCCAGAGAGGACCUUUCUUAAGAUCAAGACCAGAACUGUCAGAGUUUGUGGAAAGACUUGCUGAAACUCAGGUGAAAUGAUUAGUAGAGGGAAGUGGUAUUUCAAAGAAACAAUUGUGGUUUAAUUUUGAAGGUGUAGUAAGAGAAUGUCUUUCUCUGAUACCUUCUAUUUUACAAAUUUGUAGUGAAAGAAAUAGUGUUUGACCUGCAGAUAAAAAUCAAGCAAGGAAUUUACCAUGAUUCAAUGGGAUGUGAACCAUCUCUUUGUUUGAUUUCUCUUUGCAGGCUAAAUGAAGUUUCCAUGUAUUUAGCCUGUUUAGCCUAAAUUUUAUUAUAUGCUUCUAUUCUGCAAUUGCCUAAACGGCAGUGCAUCUAAAAGAACCAUUUCUUUGCUUGGCUUUCAUUUUGACUUUAAAAAAGUUAUAAUAACAAUUUCUUGGCUUAUUCUUUUGAGUUAGUAUCCAAAAGUAUUUAUCUGAGAUAGUUUCUUGUUUUAGUCUCUAGAGUAUUAUGGAGAGUGGCUGGUUUAUCCAUCAAACACAGUCUUUUUGAAGAUUCUAAAAGGUAAACAUGUUUUUUUUACCCACUGACCUACUCAGGUAAUGAUACAUCCCUGAUUGAGAAAAAUGUUAUUACAAUUGACCAAUCUUUAAUUGCAUUUUUCAGGCAUCUAUGACCCCCAGAUCAUUGGAGACAAAGCCAAAUGGUUCUCUAGAGACUUAGAACCUGUUGUUUAUCAAGUGUUUGACUCAGAUUCAAAGAUCUACAUGGAACCAUGGAUUGAUGUUGACUAUGAACCUAGUUUGAUUUUUGAUGAAGAAGAAGCCACACCAAACAAUGAUGAGGAUGAUGACAGCAGCAGUUGCCACAGUUCUGUCGGAGAUCUUGUGCAGAGGAUGAUUAGUGGAGAAAUUAAUGGUUCCACACCCACUGGUUCUCAUGCUCCCCCUUUUGCCCCUAUGAGGGCAUCGUCACCAGUGCCAGACUUACAAGCAUCUUUUGCUUUGCCAGGCACUCCGGCUAUGGUUGAGACCAUGCUUAUGCACAAGAAGGUAUCAGAGGAUAGCACAAGGUAAAUACUUAAGUGGAAAUAAAUGCAUAGAUAUCCUGAAAAAAAUGUUGCCAAACAAUUUGCUAUGAUUGUGAGAGAAAGAAAGAAAUCUACACCUCCCACUGAUUUCAUUGACAAAUGGCCAGCCUAGACUAGCAUCAGCUACCUGCAGGCCAGGCAAAAACUGUCACUCAUCUUCAGAAAAUUUGGGGUGAUGUUUGACUGUUUUUGUUGAAUUCUCUCCUGCUUGUACUACAAGGUGCCAGAAGGCAAACCUUGGUUAUAAAUUAACUGGGUGUACAUGCACGGAAAUGUUUUUGUUUCUUUUUGUAGGACUGAUCGGUCUGACUCAACUGCCACUGACUCUGCAGCUUGUUCCAUGAGCAGUGGUGAUUCAUGUUCAGUGCAAGAUGAAGACAGUGACGACUUGAUGUAUUCUGUAUCAAACCCUCCCACUCCAAAAGGAACCAGGAAAAAGUUGACUUCAGAUGCAGAAAGUGAAAGCACUUUUGUAUCUGGAGCGUCUUCACCAUCUGGGUCAUCCACAAAUACUAUGUCUCCCACUGAGAAACAGAGUAUGUUCACCAACAGUACUGAAGCUGUACUGGGUAAGACACAAAUGUAUACAAAUAAAUUAAUUUAACUUAACCCUUUACACUCUAGGAUUAGCAUGCAUAUUCUCUAUACUACUAUACUUUUAUCAAUUUACUUUGAAAUUCAAAAGGAGAAUAUUUGUAGAACAAUCAAGAGCAUGAAUCAAUCAAGAGCAGUUGGCAAACAUUUCCUUCAUUCUCAUGACCCUAAUGUUUGCUUCAGGGGUGAAGCAAGAUCAUAUUGUAUAUUCUCCCCUCUGGCUGCUAUGCAUGUCCUUGUAAAUUAGUGACAAGAAUUUGGUGUUAGAUCAAGAUAACAACUUCUGCCUGAUGAGAGUUAGCAUUCUCAUUACCUGUUUGCUGGAUGAUGUAUGGAUAUUAUAGGGAGAAGUUGCAUGCAUAUGACUUUAGGGAGUUGAAUAAAAAUUACCAAUUUACUGUUAUUACUGUAAUGGAUGUUUGAUAUUUCAUCAGGCAUUUAUUGAACCUCCACUGUACAUUUUCCUUUAAAUCUCUUAGGUCUGUGGAACAGUUUUAAAAAAUCCACAAUCAAUGUGAGCAAACCAACUCAACAAGAGAAUUCAGAAAAACCUGCAGUAAAUGGCUUUGCUAAGAGAGUUCCUCCACAUCCUUUGCUGCCCAACAAGCUCUCUCCUCAAGAAGACAAACCUUUCUUUCCUUUCCCAGGUAAAUGAUAAGAAUGAAAAUAAAAACCAUGAAGAAUUGUACACAUCAUUAGGAAAGAAAAAUUUAACAUCAUAUUUGAUUAAUACCAAUUUCCAAACAUGAUCAGGAGAAUUUACCAGUACAUUUAAUGUUGCUCACUCUCUUCCAAUUUGUAAUUACAACAUAGAUGCUCUAGAAAUAUAUGUGUAUUUAUAUAUGUUUUUAGAUCUGAUUCAGUGAUCAGUGCACAAAUGACCAAAAGCCUAACAGGAAAAGUUAACUUACUGCUGUCUGUACUUCAUUUUAAUUUGGUUUUACAUCUCCAAACUAAAACUUCUUUCAAGUUCUAUAAGCCUUUAACUCUCAUGAGUGACCAUGACAUAAUAAUUUUUCCUUACCAUAUCCUUAAAAAAAAAAUUAAGCAGAUUAGCAAUGGGAAUAAAGAAAAAUAUAAAUUAUGGAAUUAUUAAUGGAUUCAAUACCAAGUUCUCCAAACUAAAAUCAUGACAGUUGUAUGGCAGACAGUAAGGAGAAUUACUUAUGAGAUCUUUGGGUUGGAAGGGUUAGGACACUCUAUCAACCCAUUGCAAGCAGAAAAUUGUAAAUUUUUGAUAGGGUGAAGGAGGGGCUAGUUCUUGUUACACUUUUGACAUGAGCCACACACAGGUAUGCAGCAGAGAAUAUAUUUUCUGUUCAUAACUGAACCAAAAGCAUUGAAUCAAUUGGUUUGGAGAUAGCUGUAUACAAGGGCAAGAAUCCUGAGGGGAAGAAUUGGUGGAAAAUUUUCCUCUCCCACUCCCAACUGUUGUUACCAAUUAUUGCUCACAAUUUUCAAUGUCAUUGAUGUUUCCUUGACAACUGUAGACCUGCAGCAAGCUCAGCUGAGGCCUGAGAAUCAAAACAGAAACAAACAUCAAUGUGGUUUGGCUCGACCUUCUCUUCUAGAAACUGAGAAAUAGCUCAAACUUUAACCAUUGAAAAUUGGUAAUAGCAACAUAUGUCUAGUCAAUGUGCAUGAUUUAAAAGUUUUGGGCAAAUAGGAUGUGAUGAUGACUCAAAAGUGCAUGGAUAUUAAAAGCUGCAAACCUAUACAAACCUCUUGUGUAGACAAUCUCCCUCAAGUCUUUGAGCUAAUUAUUUCAAAUUGUAUAUUCAAACAAGGAAUGCGGUCAAAACCACCCAUACCUGGUGAAAGAUUACAAGGACGACCCAAUCUGACAAAGCAAACAUCUACAGAAAAGCAACUGCAGAGGUGACCUUGUUGUUUUAAUGAAUUUAUAUCAUUCUUUUGUUCAUCUUCAUUCUCCAGAAAAAUAUUAAAAGUGUUAAUUUUGUUCAGAAGGGAGGGGAUAGGGUGGUUUGAUUGAGGGGAGGGUAGUCAGUGAUUGGUUUAUGUCUGUGUAAGCCAUCAUCAGAGUUAAUUGAUCACAUGAGUGAAACCCACUCUCACAAUGACUAGCCUUUUUACUAGCACCACUAAACUGAUGAUCACAAUACACACAAUCAACUGCUGUUCCAAAAACCGCCACCUGAUCAGCUUGGGUUGCUGAACACCAGACUGCCAUGCAAGAGGUUGGGGGUUACAACCCCAGACUAAAUCAACACUCAGAGUCUUAAAUCACUCUGGAGAAUGUGCUGCUUUUGCUAUGACAUCUGUAAAUAGUUAGAUGUUCUAGCCUUCUUGGAUAAAGAUUUUAAGCUGAUGAUCUUGUCCCCUGCAUCUUCUCUGUGUUAGUUAGCUGGUAAUAUUAAAGAACCCAUGUAGUUCUUGGUGUGGCAUUGUAUUCAAAAUGUCCAUAAUUGGUGGUACCUGUGAAAUUUCCUUUCAAAAUUGUAAACUACUCAAUGCAGUGUGGCCAAAGUCCCCAUCAAAGUAUUGUUGAGCACCUUAGCGCAUAUUAAUAUGGGGAAUGCAAUGUUUAAAUGUAUCAUCAUCAACAUGCAAACCUUCUUCUUAGAACUAAGGAUCAACUGAGAAAGUGAAAGAGAAGGAGAGUGUUUAAAAAGAUAAAACAAUCAUGCGAACCUUAGUUUGUUAUGAAGUUUUAGGAAGUACUCAACCUACAUCUUCUUCGAAUGUUUCUUUUAGCGAAAAUCAACAGUUCCUGAAGGAAGUUGUGCGUGUUGUAGUGAAAGGUGAUGGUGUCGGCUGGCUGGCAUCCAAGAAACUUCGCAGGCUGAUGAUGGAUGAAUCUCUCAGGACUGUUGUUGCUAAUCGUCUUUACAGUGCUCCAUCUGCUGACCAGACUACAGAUGCAGUGGAUGACAUGGUAAGUUUGCACAAUUAUUCUGAAGAUUCUAUUUCCAGCACAGGAGUAUACUUUUGAGUGGCAGUUGCUGGAUGUGAAUCAUGGCUUAAGGGUAAAGAAUAUUGGAUAAAAAGGAACAACUUUCUCCAAUAUUUAAUUCUUAAAUCAAUAAAAGACAUUCUAGGUGCACACUCCCAGGCACCACUGAUUCAAGAUAAAAAAAAAGAGAGAGAAAUCAAAGUUUGAAAUGUCAUAAAAAUCAGACAGUUACCGUAAUUUCCGGUCGAUUACCCGCACGGCCGAUUACCCGCACCGGCCGAUUAUUGCAUACGGCGAAAAAAAAAGUCAACGGAUUACCCGCACCGGUGGAUAACCCGCACGUUGUUAUUCAACUUUUUCGGUGGCGAAAACGUGACAUUAAGGCGAUACAUUUCAGUCUUUCGAUUCAGACAUGUGCACAAUUCUGUGUCAAUAUUAGCUUAUACUUUAUUGAUUGAUUAUUGCUGCUGCUCUAUUACCGAUUUCAUCGGCAAGAGUUAUUACUCUAAGCUUAUAAUCAAACGUAAAACUGUGACGUGGGCGUUUCACAGCAGGCAUUUUAACUUAAUUGGUGACUCGUAGAUACACUUAUCGCGAAUGAUCGAGGUUUAUAAUUCAUAUUCAGUCAGUUACCUUUUUAUAGCAUGUAGGAGCGUAAUGAGCAAUAUCCAUUGUUCAUUUGUCGUUAAAAUACUUUUUCAGCGCGAAAUUAGUUAAGUUUCGCACCUAUUAUUUUCAACAUUCUGGUGAUGCAUUUGGGAUUUAAAAUUACUGUCGGCAAUUUCUCAAAAAAUCGAUAUCUCCUGUUCUACUGGGCCUAACAAGUCCCUUAAAACGGGAAAAUUCUCUUUAGCUCAAGCUAGUGAAAACUGGAAAUUUGUUACUGAUGCGCCGGAUAUCCUUGGAUUAUUUUUGUCACCAUCAAGGUUUUGUUUUCACGCGUGCCGAUAAAAAUUUGUUUGUCACGCAACUAAUUAUGCGUGAAAUAAACUCGAGUUGGCAUCAUGUUUUCGUGCCGCUUUGUGGCACUUUUGAUACAAUAAAAUUCAUUUGAGAGGUGGAAACGCAGGUAGGUGAGAAAUUUUUUCAAUUCAACUUCCAGAAGAAUUUAAAAUUGUCACAUAACCCGCACCUCCCUAUUACCCGCAGUGGCGCGGAUUUAAUGCAAAAUCAACAGAUUACCCGCGGGUAAUCGACCGGAAAUUACGGUAGUAUUUUCAAAAGCAUUUUAAAGUUUUGUGUGUGAAUAUUUUAUUAUUUUUUACUUUCUGGUACUUGAGUCACAUAAGACUUAGCAAGACCAGUGAUAACUUUUUUUAGUGGAUUAACCGUCACAUAAGAUCCUAACCUUGUUAAGGUUUUAGACAGCUUUUUCAGUGGCAUGCUGCUUUACUGUUGUUAGUCAUUUUUCUGUUUGACAAAGACAAUGGCUAAGUGUUCCUUUCUGUAAGAAUUUUGCUUUGCAGGGGUUUCACAGAACAAAUGUUCAUAAUUUUUUAUUAUAAUUAUUAUUUUUGAUUUGGUGGGGCUGCAGUCCACUUGUUUUAACUUUGACUGCACAGUUUGUUUUAUAAUAAAUGGUAAUUUCAUUUUGAAUGUUACAAAUGUAUGUUGCUUGUUUCUGUAUGACUGUAACAUUUUCUCAUUGAACAGCUCAUCAGUAAUAUAAUUCCUCCCUCAAUCCUGACGCAGUAUGCACAGGGGCAUAAUGAGCUUACUUCUUCUAAGACGGAUCUAGACUCAAAACAAGAUGCUAAUGCUGUUGUUAGUAACACUCUUCUCUCUGCUUAAAUGCUUAGUCUCAUGUUAAAUCUGUUUAAUUUAAAAAGUUAAAUACAUGCCUGUUAAGAUCAUUAAGUUAAUGCAUUCUGUAACUUAUGGAAUACUGUAAACUUCCAUUAUUGUUGAUAAGUGGUCAAAUGGCUGACUGAAUAUGAAAGUGAAACAUGAAAUUAUCAUAAACUUGAUUAGCUUCUUUAUCUGAGAGGGAUGUUUGGGAAGAAUUUACAAAAGGAAUUCAUAACCUCUGUCUCUCCACCAAAAGAAUGUUUAGUUGCUUUAAAAUCCAGACAUUGAUGGAAAAUUUCCUUUAUGCACCAAGCUCAUUGACUUAAAUAAAUCAUUCAACCAACUUUGAACACAUUUUUCUGAUUUCACAUACCUGACAUUAAUUCUUUUCUUUAUAGAGAGUAACAUUGUGAUCAUCUUUGAAGAAAAACCUCCAUAACAUUUGUUUUCACAGGCGCAAUCAUUAAUUCAUUGUUUACUUUUGGGACAAAGAUGUUGAAUGAAAAUGGAAGUUUGCAGUGUCUCUAAAAAAUAUCAGAGUAAAACUGUAACUAGUGUAAUUUUUAACUAUGAUCAUUCUUUUGGAAUUCUUUCCAUGUUUUACUAAUGCUUGAAACUCAAUGUUCUUUUCUGUUGGUUUGCUUCUUCCUUGUUGUUCUUUUUUUUACUCUUGUUUGGUUUGGUAUCUUUCUUGGCCUUUGCUGUUUUCUGUUUGUUUUAUCAUUUUCGUGGGGUCUGUACAUUAGUAUCUGUUUAAAUAUCAACAAAUUGUGUGUUUUGUGUCAAAUUAAAAAAACUGGUCAAAGCAAAUGGAAACAAAUUUCAUAUAAUAAAAGUUUGAUUUUCAUGAAAGAUAAUCCAAACGUAAUUGUUGUUUAUCAUCACAUGAUGAUAACAUAAAGUUACUUUAAAAAGAAGACAACAUUAAAUUCAAACAGAAAAAGUAAACAAUUUUUUCCAUCUUUUGGUGUAGAAUGGUGGACACAUCAAAUAAAAGAUUUACUUCUAACAAUUGAUCUAAAUUUUAGAUUCAUCAUUCUGCACCUUAAUUAUAACUUUUGCAUGUGUUUCUGUACUGUGGCCAUCUUUGUUCUGUGUACGCAUGUUGUUUACUAAGCUGGCUCUUCACCAUAUGCUUCAGCCUCUCUGGUGGAAUACCUUGUCCUCACUCUCUCUCGGAUGGUCUGCACCCUCUGCUUCUUCUUCCACUUGGGGAACUGGGGCUGACUUGACCCAGCCCCCAGUCCCUGAAGCUAAGGUAGGUGACCAUUCUCCCUACUCGGUCACCAUGGUAACUUAAAGUUUAAAGAUUCUUGAAAUCCACAAAACCAUCGCAAUACUGCUAAACUAAAACUAGUAAAAAAGAAAUGAAUCAUACAUUAUUCUGAAUAAAUCUACUGCUGGCAAAUUGUUAGACAAAGGUUUUUUUUUUAGAAUCUUAAACCAUUCUUAAAUAUCCUUUCCACAUUCCUUAAAACCCCUCUCAGUGAAUUUAUGUCAUACCAUUCUUUGAUCUUCAAGAACUCUUUACUACAUAUCAUAUAUUUUAUCUUUUAAUUUGAAACUUUUUUGUUUGAUUCAACACUGAUAAGUUUACUCAUUCAUUUAAGCUGUGGAAUAUUGUGCAGCACGAAUGACUCUCGGGGAUGUUAAAAUACUUCAUUAAAUGUCGUGCAUGCUCCUUUGCCAUCAUGUCAUUUCACUUCUAAAGCCUUUAGAAGGGAUCUCUGUGAAUGUUUGCUCUGUUCUAUAUGCUUCAACUUGUAGUUAUUUUGGCAAGGAACCCCGCAAGCAAGUAUUCAUUUCUCUGACUGAAUUAGUAUUCUUUUAUUUUAGAGAAUUUCUCGCAGUGUCUACAAGGGGAUGUUAGAAGUGCUUAGGGCUGCUGUGCAUGGCUUUGAAGUAAGCGUCGAGAACCAUGGAAUAGGAGGCCUGGCGUCUGCCUAUCAGUAUCUUGAAGUAGCGCACACCCAUUACUUUGGGCGAGACAUCAAGGAACAAACAGAGAAGUUAGCGAGACUUCGUGAUGAUGAUGAACUGUCAGUCAUCUCUAAUUGUGAUAGUAUCUCGAACCUGUCAGACCAUUCACAGGAUAUGUCCGCUGUACAGUCAUGGGUUGCUGAAACAGGUUAGUAAGGAGCCAUUCAAAUCUUAAAGUGAAAACCAGCAAACUACCUGAAGCGCGGGAAGACGCGUGUGGUUAAGUCACGAUUGGUUGUAGCUUUGCAUCUGAUUGGUUGAAGGGGUAGCGAGAGAUUUCUCUACCAAUCAUAGAGCCAAGUACAAAAAAACUAUUGCAACUCUGGAAUUUAAUUCCUGCGCGUAAUGUAAAAUGUUUUCCCAAUCUUUGUUCGUCUGGUUGAGGAUGGUUCAGGUUUGGAGUUUUGAUAGGACAGUCAUUGGAAUAAUUUAAGCAGAAACUGUCAACUGUGUGAAGUUAAAAGAGCUAUGGUUUCUAUCCCAAUGGUUAAUCUUUGCCCCUCAAAUGAGUUACCUCACGGUGGAUGCCUAAAUUUUCCCACUUCGUCACAGAUAAUCCCUGUUCAAUUAGUCUUUUCUAUCUUCAAUCAUCAUUUCACCCUCGUGAAUAAGCUUUGUCUCAAGCAUAUUUCCCAAUCUUACUGAACUUCUAUUUCAAAACCUCCUUAAAGUUGAAAGCCGUUUUGCGUAGCGCAAAAAUAUGACUCGAAACAUCUCUAUAAGGCUAGUUCUUUGAGAGAUUCUCGGCUUUUAAGACAGGGUUCAACUUGUUAGCUUUAAAUGUGAUAUUUCCAAUGUUCGUAGGCAAGAGGCAUGCCAUGUUAAAUGGCAAAAGCGACAAAGACAGUGGUCACGGUGAAAUGAGUGAUGCAAACAGCGACAUUGAAACAAUAAUGUCAUCAGGUUCACACAGCAGGGAAAAAUCGAAGGAACCUCCUGAGCUCAUCCGCUCAAACAGUGACGUAGCUGCACUGGUAAAUAGACAAGGAAAGGACUUGAAGGAUAAAGCCUGGAGGAGCAGAUCCAUUGACCCCAGUAAGAUACAGGUACAGUAAGAGAGCCUUGAUUAAAGAUCAUGCACCUGGGUUUGGUCUGAAAUGUUGAAAAUGAGCAUCAACGCAUAACAUCACUGUUCAGUGGUUUUCAUUUGAAAAAUCGUGCACCUAAGGUUUUACACCCCUAGAGCGCUUUUCGAUUUAGUCUCGGCCAAUCCGAAGAAAGGAAAAGACCCUUAAGAGCCAAUGGGAACUCCAAGUAAAAACAAGUAAACUGUCUAAAGCGCGGGAAAACGCGGGCGACCCAGUCGUGGUUGGUUUUUAGUUUUGCACCCGAUUGGUUAAGAGAUUGGUGCUAAAUUUUCUGGGCCAAUCACACGGCGAAGUAAAGCGAACCAAUGAAAUCCCGGAUCACUUUUGAUACAAUUGAAAAUUCGAGUGGAUACACCGAAGGGUUUGAAUGCUACCAUGGACGCUGAUAGUCCCAGUAUGCUGAAUGGGGGUAGAAAUCGUUACCUUAAAUUAUUGUGUUAACAUUGAAAUUUUGUUAGGAUAUUGCAAGAGCUAACAGAGAAGAUAGACUGAGACAAGCUGACAGAUGCAAGAGCCCAGCUUUAGCUCACAUGAAGUUACAAAACAGUUUAGCACGCCGCAAUUCUUUUGACCGUCUAAGUCAGGUUUCGUCUUCUAUCCCCUCGAGUCCCUUGCUGAGGAAAAGCAAUUUAAACAAAGGUAACUUCUGUUGAGAUACAAAUGAUUCCUAGUUCACCUGGUCCAUUGCGUGUUAUCAUGCUUAUUUAAACAUUUGGUGAUCUGAUUUAUUUGUGAAAGUACAGUAACUCUGUUUGGGGAAACCUUAAAAAAUUGAGGUUUUUCUAUUAGAAGGGAAUGUGUUUUUCUGUAAGGAGACGAGUUGGAACUUUCGGGGGUAAACUGACAAAGGUGGGGCGAACUGGUAAGGUGAGGGCGACCUUGUUUUGUUUCAGGGGACGAACUUGCAUAGGUAGUAGGGCGACCUUACAAUGGGGCACAAGCAUCGGAGAUCGUUCUAGACUAGUGUCCUUUUGCAUCGCAAGUUUACUCCAAGCAGAGGAUACGAGGAGGGACCUGAGAUAUAGAGUCACCAGUGACAGUUUCAUUAUGUGCAAGGUUUAGGGAAGAGUGCCAGACUUGCAAGCGAAUGUUUUCAGCAAAAUUCUAAAAGAAAGGAGACAUUCAAGGGAAAACCAGCUUAUGUUUUAAAGUGAAUGAUUAAAAGGUUGGCACAAUUUUUCUUGACCUAUCAGAUAACUCAGAGAAGCAAUUCCACUGCAGUUCCGGAUCACUUUUGACACUUCAUCAAAAAUUUCUCAAAUCGCACACAUCUUGGAAUCCAUUCGUCUUAACUGAAAGUAGCAUCGCGUGUUCAUACUUUUGAUAAUACAUCGUCUGUUAUUUAUAUUUCCUGUUCUUGUUUCCAGGUUAUCGUUACCACAAUGGAGACAUUUUUCCUGUGGAGGGUGAGGACGGGAAGAAAACGACAGGGCGACGUUACUUGUUUGAAGGUCUAUUGAAUGAGAGAUCAGCUUUGUGGGAUAACAUGGAUUUCUGGGAAAACAUUUUUCUUGAUGCUGUCGCUGCUGAGAGAGACGCUGUUGGAAUGGACCAGGGGCCUGUCGAGAUGAUUGACAGGUAAAUCAGUGAAACUUCUAACGCACUACCGCUGACAUGAGAGAGUUAUGACGAUUUUUUAAUCGAUUUAAUUGUUUUACUUUUUGCUCCUAUUUUUUUCUGCACCAGGUACAACUCAUUAGGCCCUGCAGAGAAGAAACGUCUUGAAGCAGAUGAAGACAGACUCCUAGCGACCAUGUUGUAUAAUUUGGUGGCAUUUAUGAUUGCGUUGAAUGUUGACAAGGAUGCCAUCAAGAAGAAAGUCCGUAGACUGUUAGGAAAGUCACACAUUGGGUUGCUACAAAGUCAACAAGUCAAUGAUCUAUUGGAUAACAUCAACAACUUAGUAAGAUCAUAUUAUAACUACGUACAGAUAACAUUUUGCCCAUUCAAGGAUACUAGGGAGUUAAAGUCUUGAGUAGUCCUGGCCUUGGAUUAUUUUAUUAAAGCACAUUUCGAUGGAGUUCUUAAAACCAAAUAAUUAUACUCAUAAGGAGUAACUGGGAACUCAAAGUAAUAACAACUUAAAUCCCUAACAACGUGAGCGCCUAAGUCUCGUUUUUUUUUUUUUUUCAAAUUUUGCAUCUGAUUGGUUGAGAGUGUGGUGCGAGUUUUAUGGACCAAUCAUAGAGCGAAGUAAUGCGUUGCCAUCCUGGAUUUUCAUGGAUAAAAUUGCUCUGUUGAAUGUCGAAGUGAUCAAAAUUUGCCUCGGUUUUGCUUCAUCUCACUGUGUGAUUGGUGAAAGAAACUCAGGGAACGUAUAAAACCGAAUUCACCUUUGAUUUGGUUACAACCCUUUCUUUGCGCUUUGUACCAGUCACGUAGUUUUCUUUGAGCUCUUAUUAGUCCAUGUCUUGUAGUUGUUGGGACUUGCCAAUCAAAACUGCCAGGUGCUUUUUCUUUAUUGGAUAGUUUCUUAUUGAUGCUGCCAAGAUUAGUUUGUCUAUCGUUUAGUCUGAUUAUCCAGUUGAGAGUAGUAACUAUCAGUGGCGUUGACCUGGUGACAUUGGAUGACCUCACGACAACCUGAGGGGAAGUGAUUAACAGAGUCAAUAGAUCAGUUGUUAUAAAUUCGGGUUCGUAGAAGCUGAUUGGUCAGUUUUGUCGUUAUGUCAGUAACUGUAAGAUAGUGUUUGGCAUUUGACAUCGUGAAUUUUUAAAAGUGUCACUGAUUUAAUCUUGAAGACUGAAGGCAAACAGAACUUGAGCAAUCGCGUUUUCGAGACGAUAGGAAAGAAACGUUUGCGUUAACUUGCAGGAAUGUUUCUGUAGAUGUUCAGUUUUGUACAUAAUUCUCUAAACUUAACGAAAUAGUGAACACAUCUCAUUCAAUUAGACCAAACAGGAUUAGAACUUUGAACUUCGUAGGGACAUGUCAGUUUUCAUAUAUUCUUUUGUCAAGACUUCUAUAAAUGCUUUUAAGCGGAAAGUAAUCUUAUCGUGAAGGAGCCAUAGCAAUUAAGUUCAACGGUUGUGUCAGCAAAACCUUAAAAAUAUUCGAGUUAAAUCAGUAUGAAUUUUUGGUACUUCAUCAAUUUUAGCAUGGUCACGAAAUUUAAAAGCUUGACAAAUAUAUUUGUUUUGGGCAGAAAUUCAAUGAGUACCCAUUUACCAGUAAUAUUUUCCAAAUGCUUUUUUUUUUCCUGAGGAAAGUGUUACGUUUGUUGUAGUUGUUAGCGAUGACAUCUCUAUGGAGACGGAUUUGUUUCAGAAGCAUGUUUGUGACUUAUUGUUUUUAAUUUUAUUCGGACAAUACAGAUAAAGCGAAAGUGUUAAGUGAAGAAUAAGCAAUCUUGUGUGUAAGCUGUUUUUGGUCUGAAUUAACUUCAAAGAGGCCCGAAAUAAUCAAGUCAAUACCCAGUGGUGUUGAUUCAGCCGAUUAGUCAUGUGGUCGUGUUUGAGUUUGAUUCUGAACAGAGGUUCUUACCUUCUUCACAGCUCUGAGGUGAGCGGUGUUGUUUCUCUCUUCCUUGAUUUCGCUUGGCUAUGAAAGAAGUUUAAUAGCUUUCUUAUUAAGUCAUUGCGUUUUUCCGGGUGCAAGUUGUUCCUGUUUUUUAUCCAGUAGUAUGCGAGUUGUAAUGUUUAAGUUGUUUUCAAUCACUUUCCGGUGUACUUGUUGUGACCUGAACGAUGCCGAAUUGAUCGAUGUUCGUCUUUUGUUCAAUGGCUCAAGCUAAGAGAUUGUGAACUAAUUUAUUUCUUUAGCUGUUCUGUAGAUACAACUAUGGAUAGACCAAACUUGUAGAGUGUUUCCUUUUUUUUUUAGCCAAAAUGAAAGCAUUUUCCACAAGCGCCGUACAACAGAACGCAUAAAAUGGAAGUUUUCACAUUUUAAUUAGGGAACGAUCUUGUUACGUUUGUAUCCUCCUUGUAAAUUAAGGAUAACAAAUUAUGUUUCAUUGCGUUAUUUCUCAGACUUACAACUUCAUGUUUCUUCACUUUGGAUCUUUUGCUAUUUCAUGUUUCUCUUUGUUUUUUUCAAUAGCAUUAAUCCUAGUCAGAUCACUUUGCUUAAAAAAAGCUGCAGUUUUGUGAUGUAGGAGAAGAGGUGUUUUCUCCGACCGAACCCCGAUCUUAAAUAAACUCCAAUUAUUUUUAGAGACUGUUUAGAAAAGGGACGUAUCCUUUUGAAAUUAUACUGACUGGCUUAUGGAAACUCAAAUGAGUGAACUGCGGAGUUCUGAGCAGGGGUAGGAGGGGAGGGGAAGGGCUGGGUAUUUUUGGUACACGCAUCUAUCGUCACGCGUCUUUUUUUCCAUAAACAAUGGUAUACUACCUACGUGUCAUACACCUCUUCUCCUUAGCAGUCAACUAGCAUCCAUGUAUUAAAACUAGUGAUAUGAAUAUUCAACUUUUUCUCUGCACUUCUCUUUGUUUUCAUCAGAACGGUAAUGACAUCGAUCUCAAGCCAGCGGGCAGUCGUCAGAUGUUAAAACAGUCCUUUGUUGUCCAUUCAGGGGAUUCCAUGAAUGGUGAUGUAUUCUUCAUGGAGGUAGGAAUCGAAUAUUUCCAUCUGUUUACUGGAUUGAAGUGUGAAGAAAUGUAAUCAAACAUUCUUUUCACUGAUUGGUCCAAUGGGUGCGCGGUGAGUGAGUCUUCGCGCAAAGACCCUGGAAAAGAGGGACCUUUUUUCUUCCUCCCCGUACAACUUGUGCGUGGCCAUUUAUGCGCCGCUCAGAUUAUUCUGUUGUAAAACAAGAAAAGUGAUGAAGUUUUCCAUUACAGAAGUGGAGGGUACAGGUGUCCUUCUGCAGUACCUUUUAGAUAUUCUUCUGCUCAGUUACUGAUGUAGCGACAUACUGGGUCUUCAGUGAAACUCGUUCUUCCUGCGUCCUGCUAGCCAAGGUGGCUAUAACCUUUUCCAGGUGUACAUUUAGUUAAGACUAGCGCGGAUAGAAACGGCUGAACAAAGACGAGGAAGGUUUGCGUACGGUCGGUUCUUGUUAGAGGGCUGUUACUGCUUGUUGUGAAUUCAAAUCAAGUUGUUUUGUAUUUAGGUUUGCGACGACUGUAUUCUUCUAAGAACUGGCGCGGGUGCUGUAGUGGAAAGAUGGUGGUACGAGAAGCUAGUGAACAUCACAUACGCCCCAAAGACUAAAGUGCUUUGCCUGUGGUGUCGACAAAAAGAUGAGACGAUCCUAAACAAGUUUUGUACAAAGAAGGUAAAGCUUUUUCGUCACGUGUGGUGGGUAUGCUUUGUUGUUGUCAAAGAGGUGUAUCGCGACUAUCCUUGCGUGACUGUCCUUGUAUGACUUUCAAAUGCUUCGCAAAAGCAUGAUUAACAUACAGAGGAAGCUGAGUGGUUUCUCAUGGGCUUCCUCGCCACCUUUAGCCCUUUCUUUAAUGCCCGUAACUUGAUAAUUAAAUUCAUGGCAAAGCAAAAACAAAUAAACUGAAUAAGAUGCUCACGAAAGGCGAGGUAACUGAGCAAGAGUUGGAUAGAUAGCGUGGCACAUGACAGUUUAUGGAUAGAUAGCGUGACACAUGACAGUUUGAGACAUCUUUUUUUUCUUUUUUUUUCAACAGUGUAAAGCUUUGUAUUACUGUAUCAAGGAAAGUUUACAACGAGCGGCUGACAGACUCAGUGACAAGGGUACAGGUCGGUUGAUUUGGUUAAAAAGUACUUCUGUGUGUAUCGCUAUCCAGAGUGAGCUAAAGAAGGAUAACUUGGUUUAGACUUAAUGGGCAAAGUAAUCCGUAGACGAUUUGAACAACUAUUUCCUGCCUGAGCUGUGGUUUCCAAUAUUUACGGUUUACAAAUGAAGCCUUUUCCAUUCGGUAGUUGCUUCAGGAAAUGUGUCUAGCAAAUCAGAUGUAACUAGUGUUCUGUAAAAUUGAUACUGAAAUUAAUAUCAGUCAGAUCUGUGUUUUGGUACAAUCGCUUGGGUUAAUAUUUGUUUGCCGUUCGUGUGUUUUAUUUUAUUAACCCUUGUCGUUGUUUUAGUUGUUGUUUGUUUACAGGUGUUCUGUGUGUGAUUUCGUCAUGAAGCUUCCAACUUUGUGUCUUUGCGUGUUGUCUUUUCCUGUCUUGUGUGAUCGCCUGAAGCUGAUGUCCAAGUUGUUAACAACAAUAUUGUGUAAAACCCUUGUUCAAGUACCUCAUCAUAUCUCACUGCUAUUUUGUUGUUGUUUAAAACUGUUUUUGUUGGCUAUUUUGUUACUGUUUACAAUUGUUGUGAGUGUACUUUGUGUUCAAAUUAAGGAGGCUGACUAAUCGUGAGCAAUUUGUUUAUCUUUUUUGUUAAACUUAUAGGAGUUCAGCUUGGAGGGGAGUUCCCUGUAACGGUACGUAGUUUUGUAGAUGACUCUUAACCCUUUAACCCUUCAGAAUGAUCAGCAGCUAAUUUCUCCUUACAAUAUCACUCUUAAAUCAAACAUUAACGUUAUGAGAGUAACGGAAAUGAUCGUGAACUGAAGUAGCUCUUGACUCAAAAAAAUCCUCAUUUGUCAGUACCAUAGAAAAUGUAUAGCCCGAGAACAGUGAGGAGAAUAUGCAUACUUACGUUAGGCGAGUAUAAAGGGUUAAAACCAGCACUUUUCGUGCGUUAUAUUUUACAAGGGCUUCCGUCAUUACAAGCUAUGAGGAAUGGAGUGCUGAUCCAGCAACAAGCCAGUGCAGUCAGUAACUAAAGUUUUAUUCAUUGUUAUAUUUUACAGGAUCUCAAUACCAACGAAAGCGGUCUUCUGCAGGUCACGCUGGAAGGAAUUGGUUUAAAAUUUGUCAAACGACGAGUAAGUUGAGCAUUGGGUUGUUUCAAGCAUCUUUUAUAACCUUCAAUUCCGUUUUUCUUUUGUCAUUCGAUCCUUUGCUUAUUUAUUGGUGCGUAUUUUUUAAUACUUGAUUUUUUUAAGGUGCAUAUUGAUCUGUGCCACAUAAGGAAUUGUUCCACGCAAAGAAGCGUGUUCCUUCUGGAGGAGUUUGGUGAGUAAUGCGCUAAGUCACGUUUGACUGCAUAAUUAGAGAGAGCUUUGUCUGAGGGAAUGUAAUAUACCGGAUGGAUGAGGUUUUUUAGGAUACAUCUUUGCUUUCGCAAUCGUAAAAUUCAGUAAUUUGCACUGAUCUUUAGUAUGUAGAGAAAUAAAACCGAUGUAUAAUGGUAAAGAAGAAUCUCCUUGACUUGAAUCGAACGCAAAAUUGUCUCCCUUGAGGAACAAUUUUCAUGUUGUUCACUGUUAAUUAUCACGAAACCCCACCCUAACCCCUGUAUCUCGAAGUACUUUUCCUUCUCCGCGGCAGUUAUACGGAGUUAUACCGUGUAUGAAAGAUACUUUCUCUAAUAAAAACAUUAACCUUGUGUAUUUUAGUACCGGCAACUCAAGGAACAAUUCAGCACAGAUUUGGUUCCCCAGUGGUACGUAAUUAACUAUUACUUCUUUCUAAUUUACCAUGUAUACUUGGCUGAAUUACGCCUACAUUUCGACUGGUUCUUACUUAUGAUCUAUUUAAUGAUAGACACAUAGAUGACGUCUUCGUUAAAUAUUUUUUCCUUUUUUACGCAAAUAGAUUCCAUGUUGCCGCAGGUAUGGACGGCAAUAUUUAAUCCAUUUGUUUAAUAGAUCUGUAAGUUUACGUAAUUCCUCGGUUAUAAAAAAAAUACUAAACCUAUUGUCUGAAUUUGUUCCAGUGUAAUCAAAUCUGUUACGCCGUAUUGUGUCUGUUCUCCUAUGUGGCUGCAUCGCGUAACUCAAACAACACUGGCUGAAGAACCACGUCACAUCGUUGUGCAUGCGUAUCAAACAUUGUAAAGGACAGCCUGGACACUAGUUUCGACCCAGUGCCUUCAAUACCUAAGAAAUCCAGCGAAGAUAACCCUUUACAUUACUUUCAAGACAAAAAAGUUCGCGGAAAUUCUCCAGAGACUUGUGAACCGUCUGCAUGUAGAAUAUGAUAGAUAGACUAUCAUCUUGCCCAUACCUCUGUUGUUUGUAAUUCAUUUGGCAAAGCAUUUGUAAUUUUAUCUGCUUAUAAUUUUAUUUGCUAGAGUGUUCGACGCCUAGAGAGAGGUACACCACCCCCAUUCACAAGGACGUACAGAUUUUAAAUAGCGCAAUGGGAAAAAAUACUCUUAUUUGAAAAUCCGAUAAGGACGACAUUAACGGAGGCAAAUGGCGAGUGUUUCCAGCCUUUUCUCAGAAGGGUGUGAUGACCUCUCCAAUAAGUGUCUUAAUUUUGAUUAUUUCAAAUAAUCAACAGAUUUUAAACAGGUUAUAAUCUCUUGAAUUAAUUGAAUCCUUGAAAACAAACUUACUAUGUUUCUCUCAAUGUCAGUUGUCAAGUAAGCAACAUUUGCGCAAUCUUGGCUCGUUCUGCGGACCUCCAAAGAAGCCUUUAAAAGCAAAGCAAAGCUGAUAAUUUUAAAACUUACCUAAAAAAAUGUGUCUUUGACUGUCCGAGUUGCUGCUUAAGGGAGGG